CAGUCAUUGUGAAAUUGGAUGUUGACUGAUUGGUUGAUGAAUUAAAUCCCAGCGGGUUUGGGCGGUGCCACAUCCUGUGUGGCUCAGCUGCAUGGAAAACAGAAAACCAGCUGGAAGCUGUUCAUUCAUUUAUCCCAGCGAAGGGUUAGCUUCACACGAACCUGCACAUCAGCGUUAGCUAGCUAGCCAUUCGGCUGGCUUACCAACUGAAAAUGGCACAGUUAAAGCAUUAAAAGUGUCCAUCCAAAAUGUGAAACUCUGGGCUGCAUUGUGUGAACCAGCAGGGAAUCAGACAAUCAUCAGUGGUGCGGCGGACGUGGUGGCUUUGCAAUAAGGAUCAUGUGGUGGGCCUGGCCGUUCCUGCCUGCUCUGGUGCUUCUCUCAGAGCUCUCUGUGGUGAGAGUCCAGACUGCGCCGUGCCAGACUUGCCGAAAACUCACAGAAAGUUUUAUUAAGGGCUUGGAGAUAACAGCCAACAAGAAUUUUGGGGGAGGAAACACUGCCUGGGAAGAAGAAAAGCUUGCUAAAUAUGCCCGCAGUGAAACUCGGCUCCUCGAGAUAGUAGAAGCUGCUUGUGAGAAAGCAGAUUUUGAAUGUAACCGGCUGCUGGAGCAGAUAGAGGACCAAGUGGAAACAUGGUGGUUCCACAGGCAGCAGGAGGCACCGGACCUGUUUGAGUGGCUGUGCAUAGAGGAGCUAAGACUCUGCUGUCCACCUGGACGCUUUGGACCUGACUGCAAAGACUGUCCAUCUAGCCCUGGUGGUGUGUGUGGAGGUCUGGGCCGCUGCGAGGGGGAGGGGACUCGCCUCGGCGAUGGAGAGUGUGUCUGUGAUCCCGGAUACUCGGGCCGUCUGUGCCAGAGCUGUGCUGAUGGCUACUACAGAGAGAAAAGCUCCAACGACAGCAUAGGAGCAUGUGCAGCUUGCUACCACUCGUGUAAAAAAUGCGCGGGGCCGCAGGACUACAAAUGCCUCGAUUGCAAACCCGGCUGGAUCCUUCAUGACAACAAGUGCGUGGACAUUGACGAGUGUGGUACAGAGCUGGCUCGUUGUGCGUCCAACACCUACUGUCACAACACCGAAGGAUCCUAUGAAUGCAGAGGCUGUGACCAGGCUUGUGUGGGCUGCAUGGGCAGUGGACCUGCCCGCUGUAAGAAAUGUGCCCGUGGCUACAAAUUGAGAGGAGCAAAGUGUCUCGAUAUAGAUGAAUGUAGUGAUCGUGCAAUAGCAUGCCCAGGACUCAACGAGGCCUGUAUCAACGAGGAGGGCUCCUUCCACUGUGACUGUGCUAAUGGAUUCAUUAGAAGAGAUAGCCUUUGUGUUGAAAAUACGCCUCCUGCUGGCCCGGAGAAGGGGCUGUUCGAUGACAUGACAGAUGAUGAAGUCCUUGUAUUGCAGCAGAUGUUCUUUGGCGUUGUAAUCUGUGCCAUCGCUACGCUCGCUGCUAAGGGUGACAUGGUUUUUACGGCCAUUUUCAUCGGAGGUGUUGCUGCCAUGGCCGGAUACUGGCUGACAGAAAAGGGAGACUACAUGCUGGAUGGAUUUAUGAAGGGACGCUAGACUGUCUGGAGCCUCGAUUUGAGAAAGGACACUGGAACACCAGCCAGUUAAGGUGAAUAAGACUCAACUGGAGGCAGGAAACUAUCCCUGCAAUGCUAGCCUUUCCGGGAUUUACUUGGGGAGUUACUUGAAAGGGCUUGGGUUCAUUUAUGUUUAUGAAUAGGAUAAUGCAGGAAAAAGUUUGAACUUGAAGGCUAUGAAGCCGUGAAUUCUUGGAAGAGGAAUGACAAAGCGGCACUGCACUGAUAUUAGGGAGCUGAACUUAAUCCCCUACCUUAACUUUGUUGGGAACAAGGGUGACAUGAAGACCACUACUGAUUGUUAAAAUCUAUUAUGCAUUUGGAUGUCCCAUGCCUCGAUGUUGAAAUGAUGUCGUUUUCUUCCACACAAUCAAAACCUCCAGUCAUCCUGUCCAUCAUGUUUUUCCGUUAUCUCAAUGCUGUGAAGCAGAGGGUUUCCUUUAGACUGAAUGGUACGUGACUUUUGGCUGUCAGGAUACUGCAUCACUCAAGUUUCUUGCAUGUGGUUAGAUAAGGAAUCUUUUAGGAUUUUCCUCAAUCACCCUAAAAAAAAGAAAGCUUAUCGAAACUCUGGGAUAUUUCCAUUAUGAGCCACUGGUUAUUCAUGUUCAGAAUUACUUUUUACCUCCUUACUUACUGAAUGAUGAUUUUUAGUAAUAAUGCAUGAACAUAGGAUUUGAAAUGAAAGGUACUACACUGUAUGUAUUUAUUUAUUUAUUUAUUGUCUUACUUGGGCAUGGAAGACUGACUUUAACUACUGCAAUUGGCCACUUAAUGAGUGUGAGGGAAUGUGCUUUAGUCAAAUUCUGGAUCUGGAUGAUUUAAGCCAUUUUCUGUUGCCUUUUUAAUUUAUUUUGAAAGCAAUAUUUAUUGGGAGGAUGAUUAUUAUAUUUUGCUCUUGACAUUUCCUCUGUGUAUUUUGUGUGUGUAUUUUCAAUGCAGUUUUUUUUUUGUUUUUUUAAAUCUGUUCAGUUGUAAUUCUAGCAGAUAUAGUAGCAUCAUGUUAGAAGGCCACUGAAGCGUCACUUCUUCCCCAACCAUCCACUUUGUCUUUGGUUUUCCUUGUGUGGAAAGUUCUCCACAGUCAUUAUUUGUUAUAGAUGUUUGCUUUACAAUAAAAAGUUUGUCACUCCUCA